AAUUCUGAGCUGGGGCACUUUACCAUGAGGCUGCAAAUGAAACAGAUGUGCUUGCUCUGAGUUUCUGUAGUGUCUGGAGUUUUUGUACUAAAGGUGACAAGACUUUCCUUCCUGUGAUUUUUUUCUUCUUUUUUUAUUUUCCACAUACUUUCUAUAAAAGGAAUUAAAUGGAGAAGUUGAAGAAAUAUGUAUCAGUGAAAGAUGAAGAUAAUUUUUAUCAUCAGGGGGCUGUGGAGCUGCUAAUCUUUAACUUUCUACUCAUUCUUACAAUAUUAACAAUUUGGUUGUUUAAAAACCAUCGAUUCCGCUUUCUGCAUGAAACUGGAGGAGCUAUGCUUUAUGGCCUUGUAAUGGGACUAAUUAUACGAUAUGUGACAAAAUCACCAGAUGUUGAAAAUGGGACUGUUUAUGAAUGUGAAAAGCUGAAAUCUGGGCCAUCCACUCUGCUCAUUAAUGUAACUAAUCAGGUCUAUGAAUAUCAAUACAAAAGAGAGAUCAGCCACCACAAUGUCAAUGGUCACCAGGGCAAUGCAAUGCUUCAAAAGAUGACCUUUGAUCCUUCCAUCUUCUUCAACAUUUUGCUGCCACCCAUUAUAUUUCAUGCUGGAUAUAGUUUGAAGAAGAGACAUUUUUUUCGUAACUUAGGAUCAAUUUUAACCUACGCCUUUUUGGGAACUGCCAUCUCCUGCAUUGUCAUAGGGUUGAUCAUGUAUGGCUUUGUGAAGGCCAUGGUACAUAUUGGCCAAUUAAAGCAAUGGGAAUUCCACUUCACUGACUGUUUAUUUUUUGGAUCACUGAUGUCUGCCACAGAUCCAGUGACAGUCCUUGCUAUUUUCCAUGAGCUGAAUGUGGAUACAGAUUUAUACACACUCCUGUUUGGAGAGAGUGUCCUAAAUGAUGCUGUGGCUAUUGUGCUGACACACUCUAUAUCUAUUUACAGUCCUAAGGAGAAUCCUAAUGCUUUUGAUGCUGCUGCUUUCUUCCAGUCAGUGGGAAAUUUUCUGGGCAUCUUUGCUGGAUCAUUUGCCAUGGGAUCCUCUUAUGCUGUUGUCACAGCUUUAUUGACAAAAUUUACAAAGCUGUGUGAGUUUCCUAUGUUGGAGACAGGUCUGUUUUUCCUCCUAUCCUGGAGUGCCUUCUUAUCAGCAGAAGCCGCUGGGCUUACAGGUAUUGUUGCUGUCCUUUUCUGCGGAGUCACACAGGCCCAUUACACCUACAACAAUCUGUCACCAGAUUCCAAAAUGAGAACCAAACAGUUGUUCGAGUUCAUGAAUUUUUUGGCUGAGAAUGUCAUCUUCUGUUACAUGGGACUUGCGCUAUUUACAUUUCAAAAUCACAUCUUCAAUCCUCUUUUCAUAUUUGGUGCACUUGUGGCAGUUUUUGUAGCAAGAGCUUCCAACAUAUACCCACUUUCUUUCCUUUUGAAUUUGGGUCGAAAACAAAAGAUUCCCAGGAACUUUCAGCACAUGAUGAUGUUUUCAGGGUUACGCGGUGCGAUUGCGUUUGCAUUGGCCAUUCGGGACACGGACUCCCAGCCCAAGCAGAUGAUGUUCACCACAGCCCUGCUGAUCGUGUUCUUCACCGUCUGGGUGUUUGGGGGCGGCACAACACCAAUGCUCACCUGGCUGCAGAUCAGAGUUGGCAUAGAUCCAGAUGAAGAUGAAGCUGAAGCUGCAAGCCAGAGUGCAUCUAACUUGGAUAAAAGUACAACCAAAGCUGAGAGUGCGUGGCUGUUCAGAAUAUGGUAUGGCUUUGACCACAAAUACCUAAAGCCUCUCUUAACCCACACUGGGCCACCUCUGACGUCAACGUUGCCUGAAUGGUGCAACCCAAUUGCCAGGCUUCUGACCAGCCCCAGUGCAUAUGGGGAUCCACUGAAGGAUGGUGACACAGUUCAUAUCAUCACUAAUGAGUUGACCGAAAACUAUGAAUCAUCUGCUCACAUACCAGUGCCAGCACAGGACAGCACUGGCUCCAUUCACGUUACAGGCAAGGAAGACAUUCAGGAAGGAGAUCUAGGAUUAGGAGGAUACAAACUCCAGCUUCAACCCCAGAAGAAUUCACUGGCAUGAGCAGUGUAAUGUUAAUCACAAGAAAGAAGACUAAAACAAAGAAACAAGAUUCUGUUAUAUGAACAAGAGGUCAGAAAAAAACAUACUAAGCCCAAAAAUCAAAGAAAAUUUAGAUUUCAGCAACUAAAUGCCUCCUUCUCCCAGGAAGGGAGUUCCCUAUCAUAUCCAUAUAUCUACAACCAUAUGCAGGUUUUAUGACUGUAGGAGAUUUUAGUAUAAAGACAUGGGGCAGUACCAGCCCACUGUCUGUAAAUCCAUUACAGUAAUGUUUUGUCUCAGCACUUGACUGUCCUGUGCCCCUCACAUGUACACAGGCCUUUGAAUAUCGCUUAGUUUUCAGUAAGCUGAAGUUGAGAGAAAUAGCUUCCUAACAUUCAUGGUCACAUGAUGACAGCUCUUUUCUACAGCUGGUCCUGACAAGAUCCACACAUAACUGCUCAGCAGAUAUUACAUUUAUAAGGAAGAAGCAGAAGAUUCCUUGUCCAAGGACUAUGUGAUCUGAAAAUGCUUAAAACAUGCUUUGCGGUGCCUCAGUCUUGAUAGAUAAAGCUCCUUCAUGCUCACAAUAUAGACUUUCCCUGCCAUCCAGCCAAUUAUUUGCUUUCUAAAUGCACCUUGUAGCAUGGUCCACAGAGGGUUUCACUAGGCUGCCACAAACUGAACACAGAUAGUAGGAGACAUGGAGGUGGUAUGAAAUCAGCAACAAACACCUUUCCUGGCAGCACUGAAUGAGCACAACCACUACUUAAAAUCUGCAGUUAUUCCACAAGGUAUUUGUCUUUACAAAUUGCUAACAUGCAAAGCUUAAAUGGGGGGGCAAGGUUUUCUUGUUUUGAAAGAUCAUUCUAAACAUAUACCUUGAUUUAAGAACUCAAAUGCUUCUCUUUUUUUACUCUAAGAAGAGUUGCUUCUAAUUAAAUAUUUCUGCAAUA